CUUUUCUGGUGUCUUUUAUUCUUUUGUCCCUAGAAAUCAAUGUUGGUAGCUGCUGAGGACUGUGGGAAAUUGAAUGGCGUUUAGCGUUUUUGGUGUGCGGUCUGUUUCCGACUAAAAUUAAAAUUAUGCCGCGUUCGAAGAAAGUCGUAAGUCUAUAAUAGUGUCACUAAAUAUUUACAAGACGUAGACACUUUAUUUUCGUUCGAAUUAGUUGCCCUUUAGUUCUUGUGCAUGCCUGUGAAUGAAUAAAAAAAUGAACUAAGAUUUACUCUUACUAUUUGUUGUUGCUAGUCUAAAAAAAUGACGGACGAGGAAGAAAAUAUAUCUGAUAGUGAUUUUGGCGAGGAUGAAGAUCCAGACAAAAUUGAAGUCCCUGGUGGUGGCAAAGAUUUGGCAGCUGCUGCAGCAAUCAAGGAGAAUAAAGUAAAGCAAGAAAUAGAUGUAAAACCAGACUUGAAAUUGCCUGGUCAGAUGCCAAUGAGUAGUUACAACACCAAAUUGAGUGGCAUGUAUCCCAGUAGCUUUGAUGCUAUGAUGAGGCAGCCACCAAUGGGCAUGCCACCAUACGGCGCAGGCGGCCCCGGUGGUGGUAUGAACAGCAUGGCCGCCAUGGCGAGCAUGCUGAGCAGCCUGGGUGCCGGCGGGGGCGGGCCGAUGGGCGGCAUGUUUGCGCCUCCCCAAGCGAUGGGAGGCGGCGCUGCUGCAGCCGGAGGGCAGUCCGCCGCUGCCGCUUUCAACGCCGCGCAGUUCCUGCAGCAGAUGGAAAUGGCUGCUCUUGGUCUAAACAAUCCAUAUGGAAACCCAUUCAUGCAAAAUCUGGGAUCGAUGUUCUUCGGGAUGCCUCCAUGGGGUGGACAAUUAAGCAACAAGGCUGUUCAGCAGAUGUGGAUGAAUAACAUGGAUAGGCCUCAUCAACAUCAAGAGGAAGAAGAGGUAGACGAUGAAGAAUUAGGUGUAGCAGAAACCUAUGCAGACUACAUGCCCAGCAAACUGAAGUUGGGCAAGAAACAUCCUGAUCCUGUGGUAGAAACAGCUUCUCUAUCUUCAGUAGCGCCAGCUGACGUCUGGUACAAGUUGUCCAUUCCAGAUGACACAAUCAAAGGUGGUCACUUGUCUGCCUUACAGUUAGAAAGUAUUACUUAUGCGUCGCAGGCGCACGAACAUAUCUUACCUGAUGGAUCUCGAGCUGGCUUCCUGAUAGGUGAUGGAGCCGGAGUAGGAAAAGGUCGCACCAUCGCCGGCAUCAUCUACGAAAACUACCUGAAAGGACGGAAGCGCGCCAUCUGGGUGUCAGUCUCGAACGACUUGAAGUACGACGCCGAGCGCGACUUGCGAGACAUCGGCGCCGGAAAGAUCGAAGUGCACCCGCUGAACAAGUUCAAGUACGCCAAAAUCUCAUCCGCUGUGAAUAAUAAUGUCAAGAAAGGCGUGAUAUUCAGCACGUAUUCGGCGCUGAUUGGAGAGAGUAAUUCCGCUGGGGGGAAGUAUAAGUCUAGGUUGAAGCAAUUGUUGCAGUGGUGUGGACCUGACUUUGAUGGGUUGAUUGUUUUUGAUGAAUGUCACAGAGCGAAAAAUUUGUGUCCUGUGGGGUCCUCGAAACCUACAAAGACAGGUUUAACCGUUUUGGAAUUGCAAAACAAGCUGCCAAAAGCUAGGGUUGUUUACGCGUCAGCGACGGGCGCUUCGGAGCCCAGAAAUAUGGCAUAUAUGGUUAGGUUAGGGCUUUGGGGUGAAGGUACACCUUUCAAGGAGUUUGCGGACUUCAUAUCGGCUGUGGAAAAAAGGGGAGUAGGUGCAAUGGAAAUCGUUGCUAUGGAUAUGAAAUUAAGAGGCAUGUAUAUAGCGAGACAGUUAAGCUUCCAUGGCGUGGCUUUCAAAAUUGAAGAAGUUCCUUUAUCCAAAGAAUUCGAAAAAGUAUACGAUGCCAGCGUGCAGUUAUGGGUAGAAGCUAUGCAGAAGUUUCAUGAAGCUGCCGAGCUAGUGGACGCUGAAAACCGGAUGCGGAAAACCAUGUGGGGACAGUUUUGGUCGGCGCAUCAAAGGUUUUUCAAGUAUUUGUGUAUAGCAGCCAAAGUACCACACGCUGUAGCUGUGGCGCGAGAGGCAAUAAAGAUGGGUAAAUGUGUUGUAAUAGGCUUACAAAGUACAGGAGAGGCCAGGACGUUGGAACAGCUUGAGAGGGAUGACGGAGAAUUAUCAGAUUUUGUAUCGACAGCAAAAGGUGUCUUCCAGACGUUGGUAGAAAAACAUUUUCCAGCACCAGAUAGAAAUAGGAUCCAGAGGUUAUUAGGCCUAGAAAAUCCAUCAAAUUCCAAGAAAACUGCUAACGGGAACGAUGGUGCCGUCACAUCUGGAAAACGAAAACCCGUAAGGCAGGCAGCUCAGAGGGCUGUAAAACGUAACAAAUGGUCAACGUCAGACAGUGAAAAUGACUCUAUCAAAAGUGACGGUUCGACGUUCGAAAUAUCCGACAAUGAAAGUGAGAUUUCCGAAGAACAUUCGGACUCGAACGCUAGCAGUGACUAUAAUCCAUUUAAUUCGGGUAGUGAUUCGGACGACGAUCCGUGGAAUAGGAAAAAGAAAGGGAAGAAAAAGAAGAAGAGUCCCACCAAGCGUCCUUCCACGCAGGAUAAGCUGUCUCUGUUGCUCUCUAAAAAGACAGGAAAAAUGAACGGCAAUGGAAAUCUGAAAUCGACAGCACCGCCAAUGGACGCGAUAGAAAGAGCGUGCUGCAUGAAGGAGGAACUACUAGCUGCGAUAGAAAAAUUAGGAGAUAAAUUACCACCAAAUACAUUAGAUCAGUUGAUUGACGAACUGGGAGGACCUGAAAAUGUAGCUGAAAUGACAGGUCGAAAAGGUCGUGUAGUGUCAACAGAAGAUGGCGGCAUCCAAUACGAAAGCCGAUCCGAAGCGGACGUGCCCCUAGAAACGCUGAACCUGACUGAAAAACAGCGCUUCAUGGACGGCGAAAAGGACGUAGCGAUCAUCUCAGAAGCGGCAUCUAGCGGUAUUUCGCUGCAGAGCGACCGAAGGGUGAAAAACCAGCGACGGAGGGUGCACAUCACGCUGGAGUUGCCGUGGUCGGCAGACAGGGCGAUACAACAGUUCGGCAGGACGCAUAGGAGUAAUCAAGUGAAUGCGCCCGAGUAUAUCUUCUUGAUAUCGGAUUUGGCGGGGGAGAGGAGAUUCGCGUCCAUCGUUGCUAAAAGACUGGAAUCGCUGGGAGCCCUGACGCACGGCGACCGACGCGCCACAGAAACGCGCGACCUCAGCCAGUUCAACAUAGACAACAAGUACGGCCGCAGCGCUUUGGAAGCGACCAUGAAGGCCGUCAUGGGGUACGAACAGCCGGUGGUACCGCCGCCCCGCGACUACAAGGGCGACUUUUUCAAGGACGUGGCGGGGGCGCUCGUCGGCGUAGGGUUGAUCGUCAACAGCGAGUCGAUGCCGGGUGUGCUGUCGCUGGAUAAGGAUUAUAAUAAUAUGUCCAAGUUUUUGAAUAGGAUACUCGGGAUGCCGGUUGAGUUGCAGAAUCGACUGUUUAGGUACUUCACUGAUACUUUAGCUGCUAUAAUUACUUCAGCUAAGCGGUCAGGAAGGUUUGAUUUAGGCAUUUUGGAUCUCGGCGCUGGAGGCGAGGUCGUAAACAGAGUACGCACGGUAACGUUCCUUAGAAAGCACGCCACUGGCACAGCCCCUACAGAACUGCACACGGUACACGUGGAAAGGGGCAUGGCGUGGCCGGAAGCUCUGGAAAAAUUUGCGGAUCUCGUUGGAGAGGAUGAAGGAUUUUGGUUGUCACACCAGGUUAGGAACGGGAAGCAUACAUCCAUAUUGGCAGUGGCGGUAGAUAGUGGAAGCAAUACAGCGACGAAAAAUAAGAAAGAAAGCAAAAAGGAGAAAAUGUUUUCAGUAUACAGACCAAACACAGGCUUGCAGUUUAGACAAGAAAGUUUGGCGGAAUUGGAGAAAAAGUACAAAAAGGUCGAGUCUUCGGAAGCCGAAGAAUCGUGGACGCAACAAUACGACGCGUCGGUGGCAACGUGUUCUCACGCGUAUUGGCGCGGCAACUGCCGGAACGCUACGGCCGGUCACGAAUGCGAAGUGGGACUACGCAGGCGCACGUACAACGUCGUUUCCGGUUCGGUGCUGUCCGUCUGGAGUCGCGUGGAGGGCGUGCUUGCGGCGCGAACCGGCGCGCACAACAAGAUGCAGGUCGUUAGGUUGAGAACCAAGGACGACCUUAAGAUUGUCGGUACACUUAUUCCUAAAAAUUGCGUAGAAGCCCUUGUAGAAGCGUUGUCGUCUGAUGCCGAAAAGACAGAAGAGAAAACGUUUUAACCUGUAGAAAAAGUAGCUUGCAAUGAGCUGAGGAUAUGAGAUUAUGGCGAAGAAGUUGACGACUUUUACCUCUUUUCAUUGACCUUUUGUUAUCUCUAUUUUGUUUGAAUGAUUUUAUGUCUUCAGUAGAAACAGAUACAGGGCAAAAUAGUAUUGUACGGCAUUUUUAAAUGAGCGAUGAAAAUAUCGUAUUUGUGUAAUUUACUACUGUAGAGAAAAUUCCGAGUAUUUUCUAAAAGAAAGGUCCGUGUAAAACACGCUCCCAGUAUAUACUUCAAAAAAUCUGUGAAAUAGUUAUAUUUAGGUAUAAUGUAUUUAUAUAUAUACUUAAGUAGCAGUUUUAAUCAUUAUUUCUUAAAGGUUUUUGUUGAAGUGUAAAGACCCGAGAGGAAAGACUUUGUCUUUUUUAAACUGGUUUGAUUUAUUUAAAACCAUGUAAUUAUUUGAUGUGUUCACAGUAUAAAAUAAAAAAAAAUACAACCCAG